AUGGCAGAUUCUGUUAACUAUGCCAAUCCUGAUCGUGAUAUCGAACAGGCCCUUAUUGUUCUGAAAACAGGUGCACAGCUAACUAAAUACAGUAGGAAAGGGAAGCCUAAAUUUUGUCGAUUCAGAGUUUCUUCAGAUGAGACUACAUUGAUAUGGUUAUCUCAUGGAAAAGAAAGGAAUUUGAAUCUAUCUUCAGUUUCACGUAUCAUUCUUGGACAACGAACGGCUGUUUUUAGAAGAUAUUUGCGCCCUGAAAAGGAGUACUUAUCGUUUUCUCUCAUAUAUAACAAUGGAGAAAGAUCCCUUGAUCUGAUUUGCAAGGACAACACCGAGGCAGAUUUGUGGCUCACAGGCCUCAAGGCUUUAACUUCUACUGAUCAAACUGACAAUAGACAUACUCAAAGUGAUAUUAACAACGUAGAUAUUGUUGUUGGUACAACAAUAGAGGUCACUUCAAGUAUCACUGCUCGUGAUAAGGUGUUUAUUGAUUCAAUCUCUACUGAAUCUUCUAGUGGUUAUCCAACCCCGGAUGUUCGAUCUGAACGUUCAAAUAUGCAAGGAAGACAAAGCAUUGGAGAUGGUUUUCGACUGAGUGUUUCAAGCAACCCCAGUAUUUCAAGUCAAGGUUCAGAUGAUAUAGAGUCAUUAGGCGAUCUUUAUGUCUGGGGAGAGAUCUGGUGUGACAACACUGACGGGUCUCUAAGUUCAUUUCCUUCGAGAAAUGAAGUUCUGACUCCUCGGCCCUUAGAAUCAAAUGUUGUUCUCGACGUUCAUCAAAUUGCUUGUGGCGCUAGGCACGUCGGUCUUGUUACAAAGCAAGGUGAAGUCUUCACAUGGGGAGAAGAAUCUGGUGGGAGAUUAGGCCAUGGUAUUCAAAAAGAUUUCAGCCGUCCUCGUCUUGUCGAAUAUCUUGCAGUUACAAACGUGGAAUUCGUUGCUUGUGGGGAACAUCAUACAUGUGCUAUAUCUGCAUCUGGUGAUUUAUACACAUGGGGUGAUGGCUCUCAUAACGUGGGACUUCUUGGUCAUGGUGCCGAUGUUAGUCACUGGGUACCCAAAAUGGUUUCAGGUCCGUUAGAAGGAAUUCAAAUUAUGGCCAUUGCUUGUGGCACAUGGCACUCUGCGUUGAUAACUUUAAACGGCAAGUUGUUGACAUUUGGUGAUGGAACAUUCGGUGUAUUGGGUCAUGGCGAUCGAGAAACAGUCUCUUUCCCUAAAGAAGUUGAUCUGUUAAGUGGUUAUAAAACAGUCAAGGUUGCAUGUGGCGUUUGGCAUACUGCAGCCAUAGUAGAGGUCAUGGGACAGAACGGUCCCAAUUCUUUAUCAAAGAAAGUCUUCACUUGGGGCGAUGGUGAUAAAUACCGAUUAGGUCAUGGUGAUAAGGAGUCACAUCUACAUCCAACUUUCGUCUCUUCUCUUAUGGACUACAAUUUCCAUCAGCUGGCAUGUGGUCAUUCCAUGACCGUUGGAUUAACCACAUCAGGCCAUGUAUUCACAGUUGGAAGUACUGAAUUCGGUCAGCUAGGGAAUCCAACUUCUAACGGAAAGAUACCUUGCCUGGUUCAGGACAAAUUGGUGGGUGAGUUCAUCGAUGACAUAUCAUGCGGUGCACAUCAUGUUGCGGUGAUGACUUCGCGUGGCGAAGUAUUUACAUGGGGAAGAGGUGCACAUGGGAGAUUGGGACAUGAUGAUACAGAGGAUAGGAAAGUACCGACACUUGUUGAAGCACUGAAAGAUAGACAUGUAAAGAACAUAACAUGUGGGUCGAAUUACACUGCGAGCAUAUGCAUUCAUAAAUGGGUAUCUGGAGCUGAUCAAUCUGUUUGCUCUGGCUGUCGACAACCGUUUGGUUUCACAAGGAAAAGGCAUAACUGUUAUAAUUGUGGGCUGGUUCAUUGCCACGGUUGUAGUUCAAAAAAAGCUAUGAAAGCAGCUAUGGCCCCAACUCCAGGGAAACCCCACCGUGUAUGUGACUCUUGUUAUAAUAAAUUAAAAACUGCUGAGGCUGGGAAUGCGACUAAUGUUACUAGGAGGGCUGUUGCUCCUCGCUCUAUAGAUUUUCGAGAAAGAUCCGACAGGGUGGAGCCUAGAAGAUCAAGAAUGUUGCUGGCUCCCAAUAUUGACACAAUGAAGUAUCCUGCAAAACCGUGGAACAGCUCACAGAGGGGGAGUAGUCAGCAUAAUGUUUACAGGGCCCCAAUUGUAGCUCCACCACAAUCCAGUGCAAACUCCAGACCAUCUUCACCAUAUACUAGGAGACCAAGCCCUCCGCGAUCUGCCACACCCACAUUCUCUAGGGGUGUAAUCGAUAGUCUUAAGAAGACGAAUGAGUUUCUAAACAAAGAAGUGGUGAAAUUGCAAGACCAGGCUAGAGGUUUUAAGCAUAAAUCGGACUCCCAAGAUGAAGAGAUUAAAAAGUUUCAAAAAACGAUAUCAGAAGCUACUCUUGCAGCUGGAGAAAGAUCUUUCAAAUGUUCAAUUGCAAAGGAGGUCAUUACAACUAUUUCAGCUCAGCUGAAAGGAAUGACAGAAAGUUUGCCAGAGGAGGUACUUAACAGCGAAAGUUUUAAGUCAUUGUGUAGUCGGAUUGAAGGAUUUCUAAGCUCGGAAGAACAUGAAAGGCAAACAAUGGGCAGCAGCUCAUAUGAGGAUAACGGGGACCAUCACCUAUCACAAACAAAUGAAGAUAACAACAAGUCAUCAAUAUCAUCUCAGACAGGCCAUGAGAAUGAAAGUUCUAGAUAUGCUGGUGUUGCAAUUCAUGGGGUGAAAGAACUUAAUGAGCAAUUUGAACCUGGUGUCUAUGUUACCUUAAUACAACUACAGAACGGUUCAAAACUCUUCAAACGAGUAAAAUUCAGUAAAAGAAGAUUCUCGGAGCAACAGGCAGAGGAAUGGUGGAAGGAAAACAAAGAUAGAUUGCUAAAGAAGUAUAACCCACCAUUGACUAGCAGUGAUGAAACUGAAUCAUCUGAUGGUCAUACUACCACCUAGGAAGGAAGGAAGAACCCAAAUGGUAUGAUUUUUAACUUUACUACUCUAUUGAACUCCUCCUUAUGUUUCUCAUUCACAAAAGAUUUAUCAGUUAUUUUCAGAUCAUAU